UCUUCUACUUCCUAUCUUAUCCUUAUAUAGACAAACUCGCUGAACCAAAGACCAGCCAUCAGGUAGACACACCGACCUCCUUCAAUCAUGUCUUCCAACAUCCACCUCUACACUACUCAGACGCCGAACGGCAUCAAGGUCUCCAUCACUCUCGAAGAAUUGGGUCUCAAAUACGAGCACACCAAGAUCGACAUCUCCAAGAACACCCAGAAGGAGCCAUGGUUCCUCGAGAUCAAUCCCAAUGGCCGCAUUCCCGCUGUGACAGAUACAUUCACGGACGGCAAACCGAUCCGCCUGUUCGAGAGCGGCAGCAUCAUGCAGUAUCUCGUUGAUCGCUACGAUACCGAGUACAAGAUCAGCUAUCCCAAGGGAACGAGGGAGUACAUUGAGAUGACGAACUGGCUCUUCUUCCAGAACGCCAGCCAAGGCCCAAUGCAAGGCCAAGCCAACCACUUCUUCCGCUACGCCCCGGAGAAGAUCGAAUACGGCAUCAACCGCUACCAGAACGAGACUCGACGCCUCUACGGCGUGCUGGACAAGCACCUCUCCGAUACCGGCAGCAAAUUCCUCGUCGGCGACAAACUCACCAUCGCGGACAUCGCCCACUGGGGCUGGAUCUCCGCCGGACCCUGGGCCGGCAUCGACACGUCCGAGUUUCCCACUCUGGAAGCUUGGGAGAAGCGCGUGUACGAGCGUGAAGCGGUGCAAAAGGGCGCGGACGUGCCGGAGAAGUACAAGCUCAAGGAGCUGCUGAAUGAUCCGGCCGCGGUGGAGAAGAAAGCCAACGCGGCGAGGGACUGGAUUCAGGCGAGCAUGAAGGCUGAGGCCGAGAGGAAGUAGAUGGGUUGAGAUGGGAACUUGUGGAGGUGGGAUAGCUGGAUUGAAAAGGAAACAAUGGUCCCAAGAUCACAU